UUCAAUUUGAACAACCUCUGGAGGGCAUGCAUACCUUUAUGAACCCUGGUGGUGGGUUGGAAUGAUCUCAAGAUGUUACUAUGAAGAUAAUAUCAUUUUCUACAAACAUCUCCAUUCACAGCCAUUGUUAAGUGAACGGAGAUGCCAGCAUUGUGGAAUUAGUGAGAAGUCUACUCCAGCUAUGCGUCAAGGUCCGGCUGGUCCAAGAUCUUUGUGCAAUGCCUGCGGGCUUAUGUGGGCAAAUAAGGGAACUCUGAGAGAUCUCAGCAAAGCAGGAAGGACUGCCUUUGAACAAAAUGAACUGGCAAAAUGGUAUUAUUAUAUACUUCUUCGGUUGGUUGAUGUGGAGGAAAAUUUUCUUGUUCCGAAGGCGUAUCAAUACACAACACUUACAAGUGUGAUGCUGCUUGACUGCUGGUCAAUUCCAUCCGUCAGCAUGGAAAAUGAUAUAAUUAAUUAUAUUGACUUCAAUUAUGAUUGUGUGUCAAAUGAAAUGGAAUACGAUGGACUAGGAAACGAUAUACUUGAUGAAAUGGAAGAUGACCUAUUGAAUGACUUGCCUAUCAAUAUGUCAAGUGUCAUUCCAUUAUCACCGACAGAGAAUAUUAAUGGUUCCAUUGAGGUAGGAAUGGAAUUUCUCGAAUGGAAGGAUAUAGUAUACUUAUAG